AGUUUUGAUGUCUUACUCCCAUUACCAGCACAACCAGCAGACUUCAUAUACCUACGCUGCAUACCAUCCUGGAACAGCAGGUGCCUACACGCAUCCCCAAACUCAAGGAUAUGCCACCUACCAGGGUGCAUAUUCUUCGGGAGUGACUGGAUAUGGCGCAUGGCCCUACCCAUACAGCUAUAUCCCCCAGCCCCAGACAGCAGCCCAAGUAACCAGACCACUUGCACAGACGACCGUUGCACCAACCACGGCCGCUACUUCGACAACUAACACGUUUACCCCCAGGACCACUGCGUUCACAUCGUACACCCCUUCACAAGUGCGAGAUGCGGCACAACCUGCGGGCAGCAGCAGUACGAUUGGGCGUGGUCGGAAACAAGCGAACUUCAGAGGGCUCUUUACCAAAGAACUAAAGAGUCUGAUGUACGGUUUUGGUGAUGAUCGUAACCCGGCAAACGACACGGUCAAUGUGAUGGAGGAGAUGCUGGUCGAAUUUAUUGUGGACGUCUGUCAAACUGCUGGAGGCCCACAACGAAAAACACGUCUGUCAAUUGAGGAUUUAAGGCGUGCUCUGUCGAGACCGGCAGAUGCAAAAAAGCUUGCACGGAUGGAGGAAUUACUUUUCAUGCAAGAAGAUAUCAAGCGAGCCCGCGCGCAGUUUGAAGAAUCAGAACUUAAUCAAUCUAAAGACUUCCAAUAGUCCGCCGAGGU